UUGUUUCUUUGCUGCUACCUGAAUGCGAUACAAGCUGCCGAAUCAAGCCACAAUAAAGUUGCUAUGAAAACUGAUGACUUACAGCAACAGCUGCUUAAUUCCUAUCAUGAAGUUGUUCGCGAUGUGAUAGAGAACUGGAACGCGCCGAUUGUGUAUCUUAAGCGGAAAGGGUACUUGCCCAACAACUUUGAGGAUACAUCGCAUAUUAAAGUAUAUAUGGAUGAGCUAAUGGAUCGCAUAAAGCUUACCGAGCAAGAGGCAGUAUUACGAAAGCAGCGCAAGUCCAAGAAAUUACGAUCUGCGACGCCACUUUUUGAAACAAAAGCCAUGAAUGUGGACAUCGAUUCAAAACCCUUGAAUCAAAAACUACAAUUCAAGACAAUGCUGCAACUAAACAAUCGAUUCAAAGAAACGGCACGUCGAGAAUCCAACAUGUUUGCCUCACCUCCGCCAAACUCGAAUAUCCAAUUUGAAAAAAUAUGCACUCAGUCAUCGGGAUUGCAGGUGCCUUGUGCUAAUAAUUUUGAUGAUAUGCUCCAGCGUAUGAUUCUCAAAACGGCACCAACACAAACCGCUGCAUUUCAGACCCUGAACAGAGCGUAUUCCGAGGCCUAUACACCCAAGCUAGCAGACACCUUACCCACUGGGGCUGCUGGCAUGUCCAUGAACCUGGCCAAUUCCUAUUUUGCUCCCCAGCAGGCAAACAUGACGCAAAUGUUUGCAGUACCAUUACCUGGCCCGCCGCUUCCAACAGACUAUGGAGCCGGACCAGUUCCUAUGUCUGCUGCUCCCGAGACGUCAGACAAGACUGUAAAGAGUGUGCCAGAUAUUUUGCCAUUAGCAUUGGCUAUUCAGGAACAGGAGCGUCGAAAUAUUAAUGCCAGUCCGCCCAUUUCGGAUGCGUACGCUGCUCAAAAUAAGGAAAUACAAAUACAGCCACAAGAGGUGAUCGGAAAACCUACGCCGCAGUGGCUUGGCACCUUGGAGCGUUCCCUCAGUAUGUAUAAUGGCCAAAGAGGUAUAAAACAGCCUGAAUCAUCGUCUGCUCAGAACACAGUUAACCCAUCGUCCCAAUCUAGUCGAGAAGAGGCAACAGCAGCGGCAAGCAGGUCGAAGGUGGGAAUUGAGAAGCCCAACUACCUCAAUUGGGAUGUGCAGACCAAACGCCUAAAAAUGUUUUCCCCAAUUGAGAAAGAUGCCUAUCUAAAUCGCUUAGUCAAGACAUUCGCACAGAAACAUGAGCGAGAGGAGCUGCCAUUUAAAAUGCCCAAGAGCGAUUAACAUUCUGUAUUCUCUCUCUCUCUCUCUUUAUAUAUUUUUAUAGUUUUUAAAGAUAA